GAGCCGCUAGCGCUACUGUUUGAUAGCUUCAGUUCAGAUUCCUGACAGUUUGACGUACAAGUUAUCAACUUCCACCAGCUGCAGUCACUCCUACAAUACAGUGAAUGUUGUCAUAGCGCAUAACGGCAAUAGCCAAGGCCACGGCAGGCAAAAUUUCAACAGGAGGCACGGCUUCCUCCCGCCUCCCAAUGCCGUUUCCCAACGAGCCGCCCGCCUCCUAUCGCACGCCGCCCUUUCCAUCGCUCAACAUCCACGAUAUCCACGAUUUUACAGACGAUAAGCGGUACACGCUGUAUUACAUUGGCGAUGCGUGGCGCUUUACAUUGAUAUGGACGCUCAUCGUGUUCGCUGUGUUCCAUAUGGGUGCGGUGCUGAUUGCGUGGUUCACGCACGGGUGGAAGAAGUCAUCGUGGAAGUACCUAUGGCUUGCGCCAAUUGUUUAUUUAGGCGUUGCCGCGCUUGAGGCUGUAGUCUCAGGAAGCAUUGUCGGGCUAAUGCUCGGCGCUGUUUACAAGGCAGGCUACUACGAAAUGAAUACAUGGAUUCCUUGCAUAUGGGGAUUCAUCAGUGUUCUAGUUCUCAUUAUUUCGUCCUUCUCGAUACAGGGUGGUCUGUAGAAGACCUUUGCGAAUGUCCUUCAAAGAGCAAUCAUCUACACCAUCCACGCUGCUGCAGCCUUCACGGCAGACCGACUCACGAGGGAGACACGACUAUAUCAGUCGAAAGAUUGCCAUGGAUUGUUCAUACGGGGCAAUUAACAUAUUGUAUUAUUUAAGUGGAUCUCUCCAGUCCUAUCCACAUACUUUGCAUUUUGGCAGCGCUGCACCAAAGCACAUUAGCAUUUUUAACGAAUAAUGAAUACAAGUACAUACCCAUAAACUUGGUCAUAUAUAAUAAAAUAUUUGAAGCAU